AUGGACUACAGCAACGGUCUUGGCAUAUCAUUUGGCACAACUCAUUCUGAAUACAAGGAACGAGAUGGCAAUUACGGAGAAGCAAUUGAAUCCGACAAUGAUCAUCAACUUCACCAUGGUCAGCAGAUGGAAGACAACGGAGAGACUUCAGGACAUCAGACAUCCUUUGAGUCCCAACUUGUCGAUCCUGACAUAACUCCCCGACCAAACACAUCUUACCAAAACCAAUUCACCCCCAUCAAUCAAAUUUCGAGUGGUGCACCAGCUCAAUCUUAUGGUCAACCAUAUCAAAACAGUCAGCCAAGCACUUCCUUCCAUCCUUUGGAAAAGAAUGGACAUCUCGAGGGCCAGAUGAAUGCCAUUCUUGCUGUAGAGAACAGCUAUGGCCAAAGAAUCCCUCAAUCUUUGCAGUUUGGUGCAGAUCCUCAAUUCAACAAUCAUGAUCAUUCUGAGUAUGGCUUCCAGAAUAUGUCAAACCAAAAUCGAACGGGUAAUCAACAUGGCUUUGAAAACUCUGGCAUGCAAUCUCAGCAAUUCAUGCAGAACGAUCAGCGGUCCAUGUCUCCCGCAGGCAUGCAACACCAAGAAGAUCCGGCUCAUUCCCCGCCCUAUAAUCUUCAGACCUAUCGGAAUUUAUACAGGAACCAAGAAGAUUUCAGCGAAGUGAGCGAGUGCUUGAGCUUUCAGCCAAAGUCUGGAUGUUUGAGGCAAAGUCAAUUUCGUCCGGUGCGUAGAAACACAUAUCAGAUGCAAGGAAAUCAAUUUCGCAACCAAGCUCAAAUUUCAUCUUCGGCAAGACCAGGAAAGCUCUCAGACAAGAACAAAAAAUCGUCUGGUCGCGCUCCCAGAAAGAAAGGUGGAGGACCCGAAGAAAGAUACUGGAAUGGAUUCGACACAUAUCGCUCAAUGUGGCCUGUUCAGCAUUGGAUCAUCGAAAAUAUUUUACCCGGAUCAUGUAUUUCUCACUUUACUCCUGCCGAGCAAGAAGGCGUCAUUACAUUGAUGCAACGUUUAGGAUUGGACGAUUGGCCGAUUACAUGCAAUGAGGACAUCCAAAAAUUCUUGGAUCAUGUUGAGUCAGUCAAAUCUAAUUUCAACACGAAACAAGCCCGACUCAGAGCAGAGGCAGGUUUGCCUGAACUUCCUCCACCUGAAGAGAAGCAAAAUGCUCAAGAGAAUGAUGAGACUGCUCUACGACCUACAUCUUCAUUUCCAGAAGUAUCACCAAGUUACGUUCUUACCUCCGACCAUGGAGAACCAGUCUUUGGCCAGGAUCCAAGAGACUAUCGUCUCGUAGGCAAGGGUCACUCGCAUCAGCCAAACGAUAGAUCCUUCAUUCCAGUAGGUUCAGAACAAGAGACCAUUGCGAGUAACAAGCUGUCAGCUCAAGAACUCAAUUCACAACUUCGUCCUCCACCCCUCAUCACUCAACAUUUUCGUCCUCCAACUUUCGAAUCACAUUGCGGUAUGCAGAAUCAACAAGGAUAUCCAUUGGUUCAUCCAAGUAAUCUCCUUCAUCCAUCUAUGGAGCAAGGCAUGAAUAGACCUUUGGAUUUCUCGUAUCAACCUGUUGGAUUCAAUGGUGGUCCGCCACAGCAAUAUCAUCACCAUGGUUUUGCGAGUCAAGCACAACAAUAUCAUCACCAUGGUUUUCCGAGUCAAACACAGCAAUACCAUCACCACGGUCAACCUUUUGAGUAUAGCUCCUCUCAUGGUUAUUCCCCUCCUUCUCCCCAUCCAUAUACAAGUAACACUGCUGACAAAUUAUCUCAUCUAGCUCCACCCCUAGAAACAACUAAAGGGUACGAGGAAGACGACGAACAGCAAGAGGAGGUAACAGGCAUUGAGUCUCAGUCUCAGACCGUAAAACAGGAAUAUAGACAGGAACAAGAACAGGAACAAUCCGAAUCCCCACAACAAGAAGACUCCCGACCCACAGAAUCCGAUCGCGAGCUCGACUCCGACGGUUGGUCCAUCCAUUCCGACGAAAUGCGUUCUCCACCACCAAACAUCUAUCCCAUUCCCCGACCCGCAAAUAUGCCACCUUCGCCUCCACGACCACCACCUUGUUUUCCUAGUAAUGAGAUCAAUCCUUUCGGAGCGAGAAAUAAGCCUCCUCCGAUUAUUUGGCCUGGAAAUCGCGUGUGGGGUAUUGCUCCGGGUGCAUUUGAUGAGAAUGGGGCUAUCAGGGAUUGGGAUAAGGCGAAGAGGAGAGAAAUUGGCGAGGGGAAUUGUGGAUGUAGAGGGUUGUUUCAUGGUGGGAAGGGGCUUUAUUAUGUGAAUGGUGGUGGUGGGGAGAAGGUUUGGUGUGAUGGGGGAGAAGGGGAGGGUGGUGAGGUGGAGAGUGGGGAAGAGGGAGACGAUGAGGACGAUGAUGAAGAUGAAGGGGAGGAAGAUGAACAAUUAAGAGGAGUUCUGAAAUGGGUUAAGCAGGCCUUAACUCAUGGACCGGAAUUAGAUAAGAAUGAAGAGAGAAGAAAGGAAGUGGAGUAUCGAGCGAUGAUGGCGAAGAAGGUGAAAGAAAUACUCGCUAGGAAGAAAGCUAAGGAAAGAGGAGAAAUUCCAGGAUUUGGUUUUGAUGGGGAUUUUGAGUCGACGAAUGUUGAAUCAUCAUUCGGUGAUGCUGAAAGUUUCGAGGGGUAUGAUGCGAACCACUUCGAUCCAAAGUCAACCGGCAAAGGGAAACGAAAGGCGAGAACCGUUGACUCAGACGAUACCUUCGAUGAAGGCUUACCAGUCAAGAAGAAGUGGAAAGGAAAAGGUAGAGCUGCGGAAUCAGAUGAAGAACUAGAUGAGCGGGAGGUUGCUAGGAAAUACGCUAACAAGGAGAAAAACAAGGGAAAAGGAAAAGGAAAAGGAAAAGUGUUCGAACUCCCCAAGGAAAUGGAAGUCGAAGAUUACCUAUUUGGAGAUUCUGCAGAAACGGCUCGAUGGGCUGAGGGAUUGGGUCUGCAAUCUUUUGGGAACGAACAGGAAUGGAAUGAGGAUAAUGACGAUCAUUUCUUCGAGGAAAAUGAUACCGCACAGGGUGGCUACGACACACGAUAUCCGAAUAACUCCGAACUUGAAAAUGAAUCUGCAACUACAGAUCCCGAGCUCGCAGCAACAGGUAUCAUCCUUCCAGCUACAUUCCCCAAUCUCUCUCACCCUUCAUCUGAAGAAGCAAUUGAAGCGAUUCCCAGACCAGCACCCUAUCUCUCACCCCGCAACCCAGGCCCCUUCAACAUCUUCCAAUCACUCCUCCUCACCCCCGAAAUAAUCCUCGAAUUUAUCUUACACCUCUCCCCAAAGAAUCUCCUCACACUCUACUCCAUCUCCCGACCCUUCCACACCAUCCUCACCCACUGGAUGGCCCACUCCAUAAAAUCCAUCGUCAAGCACCAAGCACCCUACUCCUACACCAUCUACCCCUUCUACCUUUACCGCGAACUCAGCAUUCCCGAUCCCCUCGGGACCCUCAACUCCUCCAACCAAAUCCGCCGCGUCCCCAGCCUCAAAUACCACCAAAUGGUCCUGCACCGCUGCCGCGUCGUCCGCGACAUCCUCGCCUCUCUCGCACGCCAGCAUCUACGCUGUCCCCCAGGUACAAACCAUUCUCUCAAAAAAGUCUGGUUCCUCAUGGACCUCUCCACAACCCUCGACCGCGUCCGCUUAAUCCACAACCGCGUCUUCUUCACCGACCAAGACCUCUACAAUAUCCAACACUUCAUCGUCAAACUCGACAUGCGACUCAACUAUCUCUAUGAACUCUAUCAAUACAGCGUGCGUUAUUCCUAUACUCCUCUCACGCCCGCCCCCGAUCUCCAUCUCGGACUCUUCGGCGUCCCGGAACAUGAAAUUGGGAUCGCGCAUCUCGAAGGCUGGGGGAAGGGAUCAAAACACCUGAUGCGCAUUGAUGAACUGGUGAUGCGCGAAGCUACACGCAGAGAACUAGGCUUUAAAGAACACAUCAUGAUGAUGUUACUCUGGGGAUAUGUGGAUCCGAUGACGGGGGAGAAUCUGCAGCCGAGUAGAGAGGAAGUGUAUAUGAGUGAUGGGGAGGGAGAGGAGGCGGAGAGUGAGGGGGAUGCGUGGGAGGGGACGGGGAUGAAUAUGCAGAGGUUGGAAGAGGUUGUUUUGGGGAGGGCGGAGGGGAGUGAUGAGGAUGAGGAUGAGGAUGGAGAAGAGCAAUGGGAAGAUGAAAAUGAAUUUGAAAAUGAAGAUGAUCCAUGGUUAUGA